UCGUUGUUUGACCGUGUGAUAGCUGUAUCACCAAAACAUGGCGAGCCUUUCCACCUUCGUAUAUGCUUGCAGCGACGGCGUUCUGCCAGUGAUUCUCAACCCACUCACCGAGGCGCGCAGCUGCCAUACCCACUAUGGCUGAGGCCCACCUAUCCACUCCAUCCUAUCUCUCCUGUCCCGUCUUAUUCCCCUUUAAGGGGCACCUAUUUCGCUCGGUCAACGGCGGUACUAACGGCGGUACUAACGGCGGUACUAACGGCGGUACCAACGGCGGGUCUACGGAGCUUGAGGGCGAUGCGACGAUGUACAGCUAUCUCACGGAGGUUAUCAAGGUAGAUAUGAUCGUGCGUUGUACCACAUCUCGAAGUUGUACGAUAACUGCGUGGAAAGCUGAUUGCGGUGUCAAGGCGCACGCGCUAGUUGAUUGAACAAGCGCCGGGGCGUUUCGGAACUUCAGCCCUGCUCCCAAUCUAGAGUCGGAUUUUAUGAUACCCCGAGCGCUUGGCAAAGUCUUCGCGGAGCCAUAAGUCACAGUUAUUAUAAAUAAAUUACGC